AUGGUUCAAAAAUUUGUUGGGUGUUACAAAAUUGCUCUUAAAGGAAAGAAAAGUGGAACAUCCGAGACCGAUGUCAUGGCAGAUGCACAUGCUAUUUUUGCUCAGGAUCAAGGUACAACAUUCAAUCUUGAGUAUGCAUGGAGAUUGUUAAAAGAUGAAGCUAAAUGGCGCAUCGUCGAAGAAUCGAUUGGAAGUUCUGCAAAAAUAACAAAGACUUAUGCUAGUGGGGCAUCAUCGGAGAACCCAGAUACAACUUCAAGUUAUGAGUUUAACUCAUCAUCACCAAUGGAGCGUCCAAUGGGACAAAAAGCAGCAAAAAGGAAGGGUAAGGCAUCAAAAAUUCCAAAUGCAACACAAGAUGCAAAGAAUAAAAGAGCAAUAACAAUGGACAGACUUACGCAAGCUAAGGAGGACGAGCUAGAAUUAAGGGUAGUGCAAAUGAUGAUGAAAGACACUUCUACUAUGAACGAUAGUCAACGAGAUAUUCAUGAAAAAUAUUGUUAUAAGAUGAAAAAAAAUAUGGAAUGUAGUUAG